GGAGACCAGAUAUAGUGAAUGCAGGGACCGGGAAGAGCGGAUAUAGUGAAUGCAGGGUGCAGGGAGACCAGAUAUAGCGAAUGCGGGGUCCGGGGAGACCGGAUGUAGUGAAUGCAGGGUCCGGGGAGAUCGGAUAUAGUGAAUGCAGAGUCCUGGGAGACCAGAUAUAGUGAAUGCAGAGUCCGGGGAGACCAGAUAUAGUAAAUGCAGGGUCCAGGCAGACCAGAUAUAGUGAAUGCAGGGUCUGGGGUUUAGUAACACUUUACGCAGGAUCUGCAACAUAUAUAGUGAAUGCAGGGUCCUGGGAGAUCAGAUAUAGUGAAUGCAGGGUUCGGAGAGACAAGAUAUAGUGAAUGCA